CAGCAACGGAAAACAGCGGGCUUGUUUGAAAGCAGGAAAGCGUUUCGGUAGUUAUUGACAACGGUGUGAUUCACUGAGAAAGUUUGUUUUGGUUUUCUAUAAAAGGCUACAAAUGGUACGUUUAAUUGAUAAUUAAACUCUGGCGUUAAAGCAUGUGGUGACGUUGUUCUGACGUAUCUCGGAAGACUGUCAACAGCAGACAAGAAACGGAAAAUAUGAAUGUUUCUAGUGGCUAACGUUAGCUAAGAUGCUACAGUAGCACUAGCUAACGUUAUGUUGUAUUAGCGACGUGCUGUAAAGCUUCUGCUACGGUGUUGGUAUCUGCUUGGUUUGGAAGUUACCGAAACGGUCCUAAAAUGUCCUCCAAAGACGACACUCGCAUCCUGGUUUUGGAGGAACAAGUAAAGAGUUUAUCAGAUGAGUUGAUGCAAUGUCAGGCAGACAAGGAGUUUGUGUGGUCCCUAUGGAAACGCCUGCAAGUGGCAAAUCCAGACUUGACCCAAGCUGUCAGUUUGGUGGUUGAGCGUGAGAAGCACAAAGCUGAGAACAAGGACAGGAAAGUGUUGGAGAUCCUUCAGUCCAAAGACUACAAGAUACAGGAGCUGGAACAGAAAGUGACAGGGCAGCAACAGGAGAUUAACAACUUGGUACAGAGGAGGACGACGACAGUGGAUGAGGAGAGUGCCUUAAUGAAGAAGGAGCUGACAGCUCUGCGUGAGCAACUGGUCAAUAACAGUCAGGAACUUAAGGAAAUGAAGACGGAGUGUAGGAGGAAAGAGGAGGAGAAGCGGCAGGUGGUGCAGGCUCUAGAGGAGGAGAAAGAGGGAUUAACCUCCCGCUGGGCUGCCCUGCGAGCUGACCUGGAGGAGAAAGAGAGGCAGGCCAACAGCCAACGAGACCAGGGGGAUGCUGCCCAGAACAGAGUCAAGGAGUUGGAGGAGGAGCUACACAAUGCUUGGCAGGAGUUGUCCAGCUUGCAGAGCCACAGUAGCAGUCUAACAGCUCAGCUUUCUUCCAAAGAGAGGGAGGUGGCAGCAAAAGAGGGGCAACUCCAUCAACUUCGUUGUGAGUUUGCAGAGGUGCAGACCCUGUACAGACAGAGUACAGGGCAUGCAGCAGAGCAGAGCCUUCUGAUCAAGCAACUGGAAGGACUCAACCUAGACACUCAGAAAGUCCUGAGAAACCAAGAAGAGGCACAUACUGCUGACACCACCUCCUAUCAGAGGCUGUACAAGGAGUUGAGUCAGUGCUACCAGGUCCUCGUGUCUAGUGAGGCCAACCUCCGUCAGAGUCACCAGAAGCUCAGCGGCCUGCUGGCUCAAAAAGACGAACAUAUCCUGCAGCUCCAGGCCCAGCUACAACAGCAGCAGGAGGAACAGAAACAACUGCAGCAGCAACAACAGCAACAACAGGCUCAGCACACACCCCUUUACCCCUCACCAAACAGACAAACCAACUUUAAGGCAGUGGUGUCAGAGCAGGUUGAUGCUGCAGCUCAGAGGUCUAGCCCUGAUUCUGACUGGGCCCCCACCCGAGGCUCAGAUCCCAGGCCAGAGGAUAAGACCCUUCAGCAGAGAUCCACCAGUACCUUCAGUGGACAGCGGGGGGCACCAGUGCAGCGAUCCAGGUCUCUGUCCCCAGCCAGCACUGUGGAGUUGGCUAGCGGGAGGAGAAGAAGGGCAGAACAGAGGAUUCAAGACCUUGAGGGGCUGCUGCAAUUGAAGAUAGAGGAGAAUGAAGAGCUGAGGAGGGCUCAUGAUAAACGCCGUGAACGCCUGUGUCUGAUUCAGACCAACUACAAGACAGUCAGAGAGCAGCUGAAAGGGAUGGAGAAAUCAAAUGGCAUGCCAGGUGGAAGGAUGCAGCGUGCAGAAGCAUGGCAGCUAAGACAAGAGAACAGUGAUGCAGUUUGGAAUGAGCUGGCCUACUUGAAAAACCUCACCAGGAAACUCUCCAUUGAAAAAGCCGGCGUAGAAGAGGAGCUGGACAUGCUGAGAGUCCAGGCUGCUAUGGACCGGGCCACAGUGAAGGAGCUCCACUUGUGUCUUGCUAGUGAACACCAAGAAUUGCUUCACAAAGUGCCAAAGGAGCGCCAGGUCAAAAGCAGCACUCCGAAAAAGCUUUCUGUUUCUUCGGAGCGAAUGGAACAGUCAUUUAAAAAGAUUGAACAGCUGGAGCGAAGGAUGGUGUCCCUGGAGGAGGAGACAGAGAGGCUGAGGGAAGAGAAAGAGCAGCUACUUCAGGCCAAGGAAGACUUGGCCCACAACUGCCGCAGACUCCAAGCCUCCCUGGAUCAUCUGCAAACCCAGGAAGCUGCCCGUGAAGAGGCAUCCCAAGCCCAGGCCCUGGCCCAGGGGGAGCGGCAUCGCAGCGAGAUCAUGGCUUUAGAAGGUCGGCUGGCUGCCUCUCAGAAAGAGUCUACCAAGCUUCAUCAUCAGUUGCUGAAGCUGAGACAGGAGCUAGGGAUCCUCAGAGCAGCUAGGGACUUCUAUAGGAACCGUGCAGCAGCACCAGUGCGGGCAAGCGGGGCUGCUAGCAACAUUAGUUGCAAGGUCAAAUUCAAAACAACUAGCCUCAGAGGUCCGCUACACCAGCACAGCCAUCGAACAGUCAGCCCCAAUCAAGCCAUCAGCUGGCAAGGCCGCAGCCCCAGUCCCACUAAGGACGAGUGGGAGGACAUGAGCGUAGAUAGUGACAGCGGUCAGGAGUAUGUGGACAGUCUCAACAGUGUGACCUCAAGGACAACGCCUCACAGAAAACAGGUUAACAGAAAGUCCUACAGGUGUUCACGGAUCUCAAACACAGCGGCACCGGCAACAAAAUCCAACAGAAAACAACCCCAUGUUCUGGCCCAAGACGAUGAACAGCAUGAGCCCUGGGACCGAGGGACGAGAGGAGAGAAAAGGAGGUGGAGGAGAAAGAGGAUGCUAAUGAAGACCCAGCACUGCUCCUCCUCUUCUCUGCAGCUGCGCAUCGAGUCCCUACAGCGUCACAUUGACAUACUGCGAAGUGCCAGGAAAGAUGCUGUGCUUUCAGCCAGAGAGCUGCAAAGGGCCAAUGAGAAGAUAACGGCACAGCUCAACUCCCUCACUGAGAAACUCUGCAGCAGCAAGCAGCUCACACAGAAGCUGACCUCUGACCUGGCUGGUAAGGAGCAGCAGAAAAAGGUUCUGGAGAUGGAGCUGGAGCAGUGGAGGCAGAUCACAUUACCCCAGCAAACUGUACCACCAGCACCAGUAAUCACGCAGUGCUCCUGCCAGGGCAGGAUCAUGCCUGCCCCGGAUAAUCCGUCCCCCCAGGCCCUGGAGGCUGAGGUCAAACAACUUCAAGCCAGACUUAAGAGUACAAGUGCGGAGGUCACAAGGCAGGUGGCAGCUAACAAAGCCCUGCGAGGCCAACUCCAGGAGAAGGAGGACAAGCUCCGCCAGCUGCAGGACAAGGCGAGCCACACAGAGCGAGAUGUGAGCAUGAAAAGGCAGCUGGUGGAGGACUUGAAGACAAGACUGAAGUUCCUGCAGGAGAUGGAGAAAAGUUACUGUGGACGGGUGGAGGAGCUGGAGAAGAAGGUGAAGACUUUAUCAGAGGAGGCCACCAACAGGAAGGCCUUUGUUGAUUCUCUAAAGAGGAGACUGAAUGUUGCAACCACAGAGAAAAGCAAGUAUGAGGCCUCCUGUAAAAAACUGAAGGAGGACCUGGAAAAAAAGGAGCAGCGCAUGCAUGCCUUGCAGGCUCGUGUGGGAGCCAGUGAGCAGGCUUUGGCUGCACUGGAACAGACAGCCACUGAGCAAAUGGAGGGGUUGACCCAGCAGAGCUCCCAUGCAUUGGACAGGCUUCAGAGACAGCUAGGCCAAGCCUACUCCCAGCUGGAGCAGCUUCAUUCUUUCAUCAAGGCCCUGGCCAGUGAAAUACUUUUAGACGUUCAAGAGGUCAAGCAGCAGUUGAUGAAGAGGAGGAGGUUGAGGCAGUCCAACGCUGUGGCAGCAAAGGGCAGCCUCUCAGCCAAGUCUAUGAUCAAAGCCAAGUCCAUCGCUGCCUCCAUCCUCAAUAUGUCAGAGAAUGAUCUCGCAGACAUAAUGGAUACUGAUCAGGGGGCAGAGGCCCGUUCAGAAAGUCCAAGAGACCAGGAGUGGCUGGACCACCUGAACCACAUCCUCCAGCAGAAGAUCCCCUCUGCCGGCCAGCUAAUGGAGGCUCUGCGCGUGAAGAUGAAGGAGAGGAAAGUGCUGACAGAAGAGCUGGCCACGCUCGCAACACCAGUCAGCGAAAAAGCCUGACUCCCCGGGCUGAGGCUGGGAAAACUGUCAUCCUCUUCUUUUUCUCCCUCCCUUCUUCACUCCCUCCCCGGUUCCUACUCAGUGGGAGCUUGGCUGAGCCAAGCUGAGCCGGGGCAGCAGAACCAAUAUUUGUGAGAAAAGCGCUGUCGACUCACUCUGGGCCACUGGCUCAACACAGCAGCCCGGCUUUUGUAAAUGAGCCCUCGACAUCUGUGUUAGCACUCAGUGCACUAUGUCUAUCAGACAGGCCCCUUUAGGGCCAAGCUAAUUUACAGUGCAGCCACUCUCCCCCACUCUCAACGCAGACCUGGGGUGAUAAGGCAAAUGCUUACGCUAAUGUUUAAGUUAGACUUUUUUUUUUGCCCUCUUUUACCUCUCUCCCUAAUUUAUUUGGCACCUGAAGGACCUUAGGGUGCAGGGACUUGACCUAGCAGUGCCAAGUCGACACUUUGAGAAAGUCAAGAGUGCAGCACAGAGCAAAAUAUUCACUGAAGAGGUUACUACACUGCUCUCAGAAAACAUAUCCAAUGAUUGAAGAUCUGCAUUUUAUUCAUCAAAUGCACUGCAAAUAUUUAUUUCUGAAUUUCUUUGUUUGUGGAUGUUUAAAAUAUGUUAUAGUUCCUACUCUGCAUUUGUUCUGUUUAUAAUUUUAUAUGGUAAUAAUGUAUACAUAUUAUGAUUUUCUUCUGAAAAGCUCUUCUUAUUUUCUAAAUAAAAACCAAUUUCACUUA